CAAUAAGGAAGACCUUUUGGAGACAGUCCCAGAACUAAAAUGUUGUUAUAAUAAGCCAAAAUUGUCCUUAUGGAUAGCACCAGCUGCACAUUCCUCAAUGUCAAGAGUGUUGUUCAUUUACUUCACAUGUAUAUCUACUGUCCAGACAACUGACUGUCUGCACUUGAGGGAGCAAUGUAUAAAUGCUGCAAACGGAUGUGAGAGUGUCUGGAAUGUGGUUGAAGAUGCCUGCAAUAUUUCAGAUCUAGGUAAUAGAUGCAAGGCAGAAGACACUGUUGGAUGUAAUAGAAUAAUCCAGGUCCUGGCUGACGAAUACCCAGAAUUCAAAAACUGUGUCUGCACUACAGACAAUAUCUGUAGCAUCACAACUUUGCUUGGGAAACAGUGCGGCAUUAGGAAAGACUAUUUGGAGUCUUUCCCAAGGUCAGACACUGAACUGAGCAUUAGGCAACGCAGAAACCCUCAAGAGCAAAGGCGCUCUGAAGAACUGGAGACUGACUGCAGCCUUGCCAAGCAGCGCUGCCGAGAGGAGCCUCAGUGCUCUGCCAUGUACAGGAGCUUCCAGCGGGCGUGCCAGGCAGCUGCAGCCAAGUGCAGGUUCCCCAUGCCUGGAAAGUGUUUGUUAGCCUGGAGACAUCUGAGGAAAACAGUUCUGGGAAAGUGCUCAUGCUCAGAGCCGCUUCAGAUGAGAUGCAUUAAAAUAUGGAAGGGAAUAUUUGACAACCCUUGUUUACAAUACUCUCAGGAGAGCCAAGCCUCAGCAGCAGGUGAAAAUGACUACAGCGAUGGUGACUAUAAUGCUGAUGUUGAUGGUGAGAAAAAUCCAGUCACUGACACAGACAAUAUUAGUACGGAAACGAAAUUACAAUGGGGCUUAUCUGCUCUCUCCAAACAAGUGUACACAACAAACAGAAGCUGUUUGGAUGUGAACAGGGAGUGUGUUGAAGAUGAAGUGUGUAACAAACAGUUGUCCCUGUACCUUAAAGUUUGCUUAGUAAAUAAGAAGUGCGACAUGGAAGGAUGUCAAGCAGCCAUAAGGUUCUUCUAUCGAAACAUGCCUUUUGAAGUUGCCCAAAUGAUGAUAUUUUGUGACUGUAUCCAUCAUGAUGAAUCCUGCCACAGAGCCAAGGAACUUCUCCAUGGCAAGCCCUGUGCAGUUACUGCAGUUCCACCCCCAUCAUGUCUGAAUGUAAUCCACAUGUGUGAAGAGAAUGAAUUGUGCAGGAAAAAAUACGUAACUUUUCAGUCAAAGUGUUGGAGACAUGUGACAAAAAAAUGCUAUGAGGAUGAAGCUUGUCUUGAAACUUUAAUCAAAGAUGACAUGCCCUGUUCUGCCAACGCUGAUUGCAAAGCAGCCUACAUCAGCAACUGGGGCACGAUGCUGCACAUGGAGUGCACCUGCCAGAAUCUGCCUCCCCUGGAGCAGCCUUUGUGUGAGCUCUUCCACCACAUGCUGCACAGCAAAUCCUGCUUCAGUGACCUACGUCGAAUUUCUAUUCAGAAGAAAGGUUUUCACUGGGUAAAUACAGAAAUGCCAGGCGAAAAGAAUUCCGGAGCACAGCUCCAUUCUUCUGCAAUUAAUGGUGAAACUGUCUACAUUAUUGCUUACUCCUCCUGCAUAGCUCUCAUCCUAGGAAUAGUCCUGUUGACCCUCCUAAAGAUCAGAGCCUGCAGAACAAAAUACGAGUCAAGAAGUCCCUCGCCAGAUCAUUCUUCUGAAACAUUUAUGGCCCAUUAUAAAAGUCACAGAUGAACUACUCUGUUGCUUAUGCUUUUCAAGGCUAUUCCUGAACGCCAGCCUGUUGUACAUAUGCGAUAAUAAAAUAUAUAUUAAAAAACCACUAUAAAUUAUGGAAUUUUGUAGUUAAGCAUACAAAAUAUUUUUAUAUUUGUUAGAUUAUUUUAAACCUUUCACAAGCUGAAAAAGGGGUAAAAAAAAGGUAAAACUGUGCUCUCUCUUAUUUGUGUAGAUUGCCAGAUCUCUCCUGAGCUGCACAAUUCCUACUUUUUUAGCUGCACAUGACACUGGUAUAAAUGCUGUAUCAACAGUGGCAAUCUUUGAAGCCCACCCUUCUGAUCUCAACUCAUCUGGAAGAAAUAAAAAAAAUCCACUCAGAAACAUUUUAGAGACCUGAUAAAGAGCACAAAUGUGGCAGUUUUGUAUAGCAGGCUCCCAGGUACCAAGUACCUGAUGCAGUUAUUUGUCAAGCAGCAGUCACAGAUAAGCUGCCUGUAGUUUGAUGGUGGAGCACUUGUAGGGUAGGAGGAGAUCAGGAUUACAACCCCUUUCAGAACUAAAAUUACUAUCUGCUUUGUCUCCAAAAUGCUGUUGCCGAAACUGUUUUUAACUUCUCCCCCAAUAUGUUUCUAAAAGAAAUGAAUGAGGUUUGCCACUUUGAAUACAAUAACUUUAGAAAGAAUUUUUUGGUCUGAAAGCCCAGUGGAGAAAGUCACUUGCUUGGGGCUGAAGUGCCUGCGUCUCAAGAGAGAAGCUAUGACCCAUCUCAUCAGCUGUGUUUCCUAUUCAUUGUCUCUAGACAAGACCCAAAGUGCCUAAUUGUCCCCUUGCCGUGUACUGGGAGUCAUGGUCCCUGAACACCAUUCUGGAUCCCACUUUGUGGCUAUGAGCCCUGCAUUUCUCUUUAUAGUUGAGUUUUUUUGCUAGAUUUAAGCUUGUAUUUACUGCCAGUGAGUUGUCUUUGUUAAACCUUUGUAACAAUCUGGUUCUGGUGAGCACAGGAUAAUGGACUGCUAUUUCUUAUUCAACUGUUACCAGGAAUAGCACAUGUAUUGUCUUGUUAUAAUAGCAUCUGAUUAAUUAACUUUAUUUUGAAUGUGAUUAGUUUUAAUUUUGUCUGAAUUAUCACUAAGUGUAACUCAGCUCCAGUUUUGACCAUGACAGAUGACUAAGCUAAGGCUACAUCUAGGACUAGAUGACAGAUCUAGGUCUAGAAAUUAUUGUGAUCAGAAAGGCAGGAAUCUCUGCUCUUCAAUGUGACUCUUGCUUCUGGCUUUGGUAGCUUGUGAAAUUAUUAGUGUGAGAGCAAAAUCUUAGUGUGCAGUUCUGUUGGGGAGAGGCUUAGAAAUCUGAUACACUUAUUACAACAUGGAUUUUCUCUGUCUUUAUUAUCUGCAUGCAUAAUACAAAACCAAACGAAGUCCUUUUUGUUUUGCAGUCAAGUGUUCUGUCAUUACUAAAUCAGCAUUUGGACAAAAAUCCAGAAACAGAAAAGUGCAGUUAGUUUGCUAAUCAAAAAGAUCUCCUUUAGCAGUCCAGCAAUUUGCAGCGUCUGCCUUACCUCCCACCAAAGUUCAUAUUCUUCAUCUUGAAACUGUGAAGUGGGAAGACUUCAAACUGAAAAUACUGUUGAGAAUAUGUUGGAUAAAAAUAUUUCUUUAUACAGGAAAUGUACUUCUGACAUGAAACCUGCGCUGGUUUUCAGUCUGACUUCAAAAACCAGUGAACCUUCCAUAUCACAAAAUUUGAAGAGCUCCAUUUAAAUUCAGAUUUAACUAAACCUCAAUCAACAACAACAAAAAACUUACCUUCUGUCUUAGAAACUUUUUGUUUUCUAAUUGUCUUAUAUUUAGACACUAGAAACCCAACUCAUAUAUGUGCUUACACACACACACACUCGCAAGUAUGUAAAAUGUAUUUGAAACGGAGGGUGUGUGAGUUACUCUGAAAGACAGCAGGACACUUAGUGGCUCUUGUGGUGUUAUGCAGUUUUACAGGCUCUCUCUUGAAAGAGAUGACUUAAAUGCUUAAUGGGAGAAGUACAUUUCCUCCACUCUACAUGUGAAAAGUAGUCUGUCAAUUGUAUCUAGGUGUUAGUUAUUAAAUAAAGGAAUUUCUGCUGGGA